UGUCUCUGUCCGUCUCCGCCGCCAACAACAACAAGAGGAACAUGUCGGGGCUAGGCUGCUCGGAGGAAGACGCGAAGCAGAAGCUGCUGUGGAACGUGAAGAGAGAGGUGAAACAAAUCAUGGAGGAAGCUGUCACCAGGAAAUUUGUGCAUGAGGACAGCAGUCAUAUCAUUGCCUUGUGUACUGUCGUGGAGGCCUGUCUGCUCUACAUGCUGAAGCGCCGAGCUGCUGGCUUUCUGCGGAAUGACAAAGUAGCCGCACUGUUUACAAAGAUUGGCAAGGUCUAUCAAGUGGCGGGAGAUCUGUGCAAGAAAGUUCAAGAAUUACUGCAACAGGUGGAUAACAAGAAAACCCAGUCAAAUGGACAGGAGCCUCUAAAGAGGCAGGGAUCAAUAUCCAAGAGCCCAAUUCUUACACCUCAAGCUAUCAAACACAUCUGGGUGCGCACAGCCUUGUUUGAGAAGGUCUUGGAUAAAAUCGUUCAAUACAUUGUUGAUAACUCCAGCAAAUACUAUGAAAAGCAAGCCCUAAUGUCUGAUCCAGUCUGUGGACCGAUUCUAGCUUCUCUGCUGGUUGGUCCCUGUGCAUUAGAGUACACAAAACUUAAAACUGCUGACCAUUACUGGACUGAUCCAUCAGCAGAUGAACUGGUGCAAAGACAUCGUAUUCAUGGAGCCCAUGGACACCAGGAUUCCCCAUCUAAACGUCCUGCACUUGGUAUAAGAAAGCGACACUCCAGCGGAAGUAUGUCAGAAGAUAAAUUUGCAGCUUCAGCGAGAGAAUAUGUGGAGUCAUUACAUCAAAAUUCCAGAACACAUUUGCUGUAUGGAAAAAAUAAUGUACUGGUCCAGCCAAAGGAGGACGUGGAGACUAUUCCAGGAUACCUCUCACUUCAUCAAUCUGCAGAACAUUUGACUCUGAAGUGGACCCCAAACCAGCUUAUGAAUGGGACUCUGGGAGAUUCAGAGCUUGAAAAGAGUAUCUAUUGGGAUUAUGCCUUAACUGUACCAUUAAGUCAGAUAGUCUGCAUCCACUGCCACCAACAGCCUGACAGUGGAGGAACUCUCGUGUUGGUCAGUCAGGAUGGAAUCCAAAGACCUCCACUUCACUUCCCCCAGGGUGGUCACUUGUUAGCCUUUCUCUCCUGCCUUGAGAAUGGGCUGUUACCACGCGGGCAGCUUGAUCCCCCUCUUUGGUCACAGCGAGGAAAGGGCAAGGUAUUUCCAAAACUACGGAAAAGAAACAGCAGAGCCAAAUCCAUGGACCCAGAAGAACAGAUGGAGGAAGAAAUAGCUACAGAUUAUGUAUUCAGAAUAAUUUAUCCUGGACAGAAGAAUGACUAUGUAACUAUUAACUACCACCACUUAGCUGCCAGCCGAUCGGUCUCUGUCGAGGAUGAUGAGGAAGACGAGGAUAGGCUACAUGAAAUGAUUUCUAUGAUCUGCUCACGGAACCUCACAGCUCCUAAAAUGAUGAAAGAUCCUAAUGAAUUGUUGGAAAUACAUGGAUACAGCGCAAAUCAGUUUCCUUGGCAACUGGGAGAUCUGUGUAGCCAAGGUUCCUCUUGUUUAUCCUGCUCAACCAGUGGUUCUCCCUUUGACUUACCCAACUGUUGUAGCUGUGGAAAUGACAGGACUCCCUUAAAGAUGCUCUGUGAGAACAUGAAGAGGCAAAUUGUUUCAAGGGCGUUUUAUGGAUGGCUUGCUUACUGCCGACACCUCUCUACAGUCCGCACACACCUAUCAGCCCUUGUGAAUCACACCAUUAUUCCCCCUGACAAGCCAUGUGAAGCUACAGGCGGGUUGACUGGAGAAGUUUGGAAUAAGUAUGAGAAAGAUAGGAAGAACUACAAAAAAUUGGAGCUGCUGAGACUAGUUUAUUAUGGAGGAGUCCAGCAUGAAAUAAGGAAAGAUGUUUGGCCCUUCCUCCUGGGACACUACAAGUUUGGCAUGAGUAAGCAGGACAUGGACCAGGUGGAUGAAGAUAUCGCUGCCAAGUACAGAAGUGUAAUGGCAGAGUGGAAGGCCUGUGAGUUGGUCGUCAAGCGAAGAGACAGGGAAACUCAUUCAGCAAUCUUGGCCAAAUUUUCAUCGGGUAGCAGCAUAGAUAGUCAUGUGCAACGUCUGAUUCAUCAAGAUUCCAGCAUCAGCAAUGACGUCUUCAUUUCUGUUGAUGAAGUGGACCAGGGAGAGAAAGCCUUUAAAUUGGUGGAUGAUGUAAUGACAACAGUAGUAAACAUUGACACCCCAACUGCAGCAGUUGAAGAGAGACCAUCAAUGGAGUUUGACUCUCCUGAUUCUGGAUUGCCUUCAUCAAGGAAUUAUUCUGUCACAUCAGGACAUUCCCGAAUCCUUUCAAGUACUGAUGAUCAAAGUUUGUGCAUGGAAGAAGGUGUAUUAGAGGAAGAAGAUAACACUGACUUACACAAGGUCGAAGAACAGACACCCAGUAUUCGUGAAUCUGAUUCCAGAAGAAAAAGUGACCUGCAAAAGGCUGAAACUCAGGACUCAUUGUCAGAGGAACAGCUGUGCACUCAGUUAGACUUGAUAAUGAGUGAGGAAAGCAGCGCAUCUUUCCCAUCGACAACGUACACGACAGAACUGAUGGAUGCUGUAUCAUUAAAUUGGCACCGGAUUGAUAAGGAUGUACAACGUUGUGAUAGAAAUUACUGGUAUUUUACUGCAAUCAACCUAGAAAGAUUGAAGACUGUAAUGUGCAGUUAUGUAUGGGAACACUUGGAUGUGGGCUAUGUUCAGGGAAUGUGUGAUCUCUUGGCACCAUUAAUGGUCAUUCUGGACAGUGAGCCUGUUGCAUACAGCUGCUUUACUCAGCUAAUGAAGAGAAUGAAUCAGAACUUCCCAAAUGGUGGUGCCAUGGAUACUCACUUUGCCAACAUGAGAUCAUUAAUACAGAUUUUGGAUUCUGAGCUCUUUGAGCUAAUGCACCAGAAUGGAGAUUAUACCCACUUCUACUUCUGCUAUCGAUGGUUCCUGCUGGAUUUCAAAAGAGAACUCUUGUAUGAGGAUGUCUUUGCAGUGUGGGAGGUUAUCUGGGCAGCCAAAUAUAUCUCUUCAGAGCACUUUGUCCUUUUCAUUGCCUUGGCUCUGGUAGAGGUUUACCGUGAAAUCAUACGUGAUAACAACAUGGACUUCACAGACAUUAUAAAGUUUUUCAAUGAAAUGGCAGAGCGUCAUGAUGCCCAGCAGAUCCUGAGGAUUGCACGUGAGCUGGUCUACAAGGUGCAGACGUUGAUAGAGAACAAGUGAUAGAACUAAGCCAGCAGGAAAUAGAGCGGAUACUCAGCUUCCUCCUAGCAAGCUUGAGUGGGGAAUCUUCCUCCACCACCCAGCACCAACCUUCGCACCAAUCUACACCCCAACUUCCCUCUUCCUCUCCCCCUGCACCAGCUCCAGUUUCCGUACAUUUGAAAAAUGAUGGUUCAGCAAAACGAGUUGGCCACAUCUUCUCUACUUCAGAGGAUGUCAUGCACUGAAUUGAAAAUGCAAAUGGCGGCCAGAAAUUUGCCAAAAAAGUUGCAAUUUUAUCCCUAA